UACUCCCUUCUUAACUCCCCCCCCCCCCAAUAAACUCUAUGCCAUACUGGAGCUGGGUACCUCGGAGAGGAGGGGAUGCCUCAGGAUGGGCACCUCACCACACCAUACCGCGCUCCAUAAAACACAACAAUUGUUUUAUAAAACAUAUCACAAUAACUUUCCGAUUCCUCUUUCUUGUCCUCAGGUUCUUCUACAGUCCAGCCUCACAUUGGCUGCAAAUGACCAAUUUUCUUUUUUUCUAGAAAGCCCCUCUAAUCUGACUUUGCAACUAAAAAACAAGCAACCUGCCCGACUUUUUCAACUGUUCCACUUCGCAUUCCAAGGAUCAAAUGUGGCUCCAGACUCACCUCCCCCCAUCCUUUUCAAACAGUCAAAAGUGCCCAGCGUCAAAGCGACCUCAUACAUUGGCCUUAUCCCGUGCAUCUCUCCCAGAUACUCCUCCUCUCAACUCCGGACAGGGUUACAUGUGUGCAUAUAGGCUCCCCACUGUCUGCUGUGUGUCUGGGAACCCAGAGGAGACUCGCCCCAAAACAGGAUUAAACCUAGUCUACUCCUAUGCAUCUCGGCGAUCCCGAACGGCCACACUUUCUCCAGAGACCAUCAGCCAUCAAUUACUAGGAACUCCGUUGGCAUUUCCCUGAGACUGUCGCUUUCGCCGGAACCCUUCUGCCCAGCCCCGGCCGAGCACUUUUUGUUGGAGCACACGAAACCGGAAGUUGAGGAGGAACACAGGCGUGGGAAAGAGCCUGGCGAUGGCUUGGAGGACAAACCUUGCUUGCCUCAUCAAGGCCGGAGGGAGGAGAUGGUUUCCAGUCCCAGAGUACUCAUCCCUGCCUCCAGUCCUAAAUAACACCUGCUCUGUGAGGAAAUCCACUGCACCUGAGAAACGUGUUGCCAGUGUUGCUGCUUGUGAUACAGAUGGAAAGGAGCCCGGGAAUCCAUUGGACAGGCUCUUCUCCCUGGAGCAGCAGGCUUCUAUCUUACAAGUGCUGAAUACAGCUUCUGAUAAAGAACUGGAAGCUUUCAGGUUGCUUCGAGGAAGGAAGUCCGUCAAUAUUGUAGAACACAGAAAGAAGUUUGGGCCGUUUCAGAGGUUGGAGAAUUUGAUAGACGUGCCCUUGAUCCAAUAUAAAACUGCUGUUGAAGUUUGUAACUCCAUUCUCUGUCCGGAGAACAGACGGAGGAAAAAGUCACAGGAGAAGUGGCUGCUGAGAAAGUUCAUCAAGCCAGGUGUAGAGCAAGAGAGACUUAAGGUACAGUCUCCCCUGACCACCACCCUUUGGGAACUUACUCUGGAAAGCAAAGCACCGUUCCCAGUGGCAGUUAAGAGUAUCGUAUCUAUUGUUUUUGGUACUCGAAGAAUUGCAUGGGCUCACCUUGACCGGAGACCGACUGUGCUGGACUGGCAGCAGACUGAGUGCUGGAAAUUAACUAACAAAACAUACCCAACGUCCUUUUAUCUGGAAGAGAUUUCUUCAGUCAUUUCAAAGAUACCUAAAGCAGAUCUCUACAUUUUGGAAAAAUCAGGACUUUCCAUUCAGAACACAUCUCUGCUUCCUAUACUGUUACACUUUCUUAUCACGGAAGCCAUGCUGUAUGCCUUACUCAACAAAACUUUUGCCGAGGAUGGCCAGCACCGCGUGCUGAGCAUAAAUCGAAAUGCGGUGGGCAAGCACUUUGACCUGAUGAUCGGCGACACGAGGACGAGUGGGAGGGAGCUAGUGAAGCAGUUCCUCUCUGAGUCUGUGCUGAAGGAGCGGCCUCGGGUGUUCUUCCCACAGGACCUCUUAGUGCAGUACAGACAGAAGGUUGUCAAGAGCUCAUACCGGAUUGAAGAGUUGUAUGACUCAUUAUUACAAGCUGUUGCUUUUUAUGAGUUAGUUUUUGGCAAAGACUCAGAGCUCAAAUGUUAAUGCACUCACUCUAGUGUUACACUUAUUUAUUAAAGCAAUGGUUCCCAUCUUCCAUGUUAGUGGAAAACAUUUUGAAUAUAUUUUCCAUGUUUAUAAAAUCUGAUUUUUGGCUUAAAAAAAAAUGAGCCAAGACCAAAUCAAUAAAUAUUUUGUGAGAUUCUG